GAAACGAUAUUCUAAAUUCUAUCUGCUUUUCAGUCACAUCAUAUAUCGCCUAAUAAAAUUUACCUGCCUUAUCCUCCUCAUACCACCAACACCAAAUAUGCUUGUCUCAUUGAUCACUGGCCUCUUGGCUCUCACUACCAUCUCUGUUUCCUCUCCUGUCCCCGCCGUCAAGCGCGACACUGCCGAACUCUAUAUCCUCGCCAACUGCUACAAUAAUCUCACACAUGCUUCCUACGCCUCCGCAUUCUGGUACUACCCAGAUUUCCUCCCAGAUUACCCAGAGCCACAAGCUGUCGCUGUCAUCAACUCUAAAAAAUCAGUUACCUUUGAAGGCCUCAAGAUUUCUGUCACAUCCCCGUUCAGAUUGACAGCCGCUAUCCCAAAAAAUGCCACAUUGGCUACUUAUCAAGAGAUUGUUGCAUCAGCCACGAUUAGCAGUUUUGCGGGCCCAGCUGCGGCCAUCAAAGGCACUGGAGAGGCUUUCUACAGCCCUGCGACCAAUGUUAACUGUUAUUACGAUUAUGCCGUCAGGGAUGUAAGUUUUUUAACAACCCUUCUAUCUGAACGAUUUAAAUGCUAAUAAAUGGUAUUAGAAUCAAACAGAAGAUAUAUGAGCCCUUUAUCGCACGCAGGGUUUCAACAGACACUAAAAAAACUCGUGGGACUGUAUAGAGCAGGAUUGAUUAUAUCAGUUACUCUUGCGUACGACUGUGUUUGAUGGAUCAAUAAUUGGUGACUGCACGAUGGGCAACGACAACGAUGACAACGACAACGAUGACAACGACAAUAACGAAUCGACGACUAUGAAUAAU